AGUGCCAGGCGGACUGCACAUGAGUGCACCCGUCUAAUGGCCGUUAAAAGUGGAUACACUAUGUUGUUGCCUGGCUUGCAAGUGGAUGAGAGGGAAAAUGGCUAUGGAAGAAUUCAACACCUUUAUUAAAAGCCAAGUCGAUGACAUUGACUCAAUAGAAGCCUAUGUCAACAUCAAGCGGUUUGCCAAAGUCACCGAGAAAAAAGUCCUGAACUACCUUGAGGAUGAAGUCGGCAUACUGGAUAAAUAUGCUAUAUCCGAAAUUGCGUCUGAAUAUAAAAAAUCUGUGGACGUCAUCCAGGAUAUAGAUUUUAAGGAGAUCCAGCUUCUUCACAUCAUUGGACUCCAUUUCCAGCGCCUCAAAGAAAAGCUCAAGGUUAUCGUCCAGGACUCAAACCAACGGAGGUGUCCAAAUAAACAAGGUGCAGACAGCUGUGGAUUAAUGGUGCAAACCUACAUCAACUGUCAGACCUGCGCCGAGGAGAAGGUUGUCUGCGCCGGGGGCCCUCCAAAAAAUCAAGACUACUUGGAGAGAUGCAGCUGCCUGUGCACCUCCAACAGAUGUUUUGAUCUGAAAACUGGACGGUCCUGCUCUCCAUGUAAAGAUCACAAGUCUCACCUGGCAGAGACUGUAAACUGUGGAGAGAUAAAUAUAAAAAUCCCAGAAUAUGAAGAACUAAUUCUGGACUGUACUUUUGAAUGGUACGCAAGGCUGGAGGACACCUAUAACAACGUGUUCACCCUGGGGAUCUAUCACGAUGAACAUGGUAUUUGA